GUUGCCAAGGCUUCAGGAGACGCGUUCCGGUGGGACGGGAGCGCGUGCGCUUCCGGGGCGGAGCACGGCCGCCGGAUGUUUGUGGCCUCUGGGGCCAUGGCGGCGCUCGGCGUCGUCUCGCUGCUGCUGCUCGGAGCGGUGUCCUGGCCGCCGGCCUCGGCCUCGGGCGAGGAGUUCUGGCCCGGCCAGUCGGCGGCCGACAUCCUGUCGGGAGCGGCGUCCCGCAGACGGUACCUUCUGUACGAUGUCAACCCCCCCGAGGGCUUCAACCUCCGUCGGGACGUCUACAUCCGGGUCGCCUCCCUGCUGAAGGCGCUGCUGAAGACCGAGGAGUGGGUGCUGGUGCUGCCCCCGUGGGGGCGCCUCUACCACUGGCAGAGCCCCGACAUCGCCCAGGUCCGGAUCCCGUGGUCCGACUUCUUCGACCUCCCGAGUCUGAACAGAAACAUCCCCGUCCUGGAGUACCAGCAGUUCAUCGCAGAGUCCGGCGGGCCCUUCAUCGACCAGGUGUUCGUGCUGCAGAGCUACGCGGAGGGGUGGAAGGAGGGGGCCUGGGAGGAGAAGGUGGACGCGCGGCCCUGCCUCGACCCGCCGCUCUACGCGCAGGACAAGCACGAGUACUACAGGUAUGGCCGUCGGGACACCGCCGAGGGCGUCCGGCGCUUUCGAACGUGCCCGUGGAGACGGCGGUGGACCGCGAGCAGAAAUGACAAAGGAAACCCUGGGAAAAGUACAAAAUUAGGGGACAAGGUCCAGUUAUCACUGGGCUUUGCCGGCGAGCAGCAGGUAGCGGCCCGGGAUGCCGCGAGGACAGCGCCCCCGAGCGCGACCCGGGAAACGCUCAGAAACCACACCCGCUCGAAAAGCCGCGUGUGGUCUGCAGACACUGAGUCUCCGCAAACCAACCCUUCAGGAAACGCUCCUGCAGCGAGGCUGGGCCUCUCGGUCGUCUGGUCCGGCUGCUCCGAGGGAAACGCCGACCGUCCAUGUCCGUGUCCGCCGCCUGGUUCUGCUCCCGGAGCAGCCGCGGCAGACACGGGGCCGAGCCCGCCCCCUGCCCCCCAUGCGCGCCCCCGAGCGAGAGAGAAGCGGGGCGCUACCUUCAUCUUGGUCCAGUCCUCCUGGAAGGGGGUCCUGUCGGCCUCGUCCGUGGAGUUCAGGUGCUUGCUCCUGAACUCGUCCCCCACGGCCCGCAGGGCCGGCCUGAGUCCAACGGGUGCCGAGGACGGGGACGGGCUCCUGAGAGAGGCCGGCAGGGACGGGUCAUCAGCCAGCAAAAAGCCAGACGCUCUGCUGUCCGCCAGGUUCUUCAUCGGAACCUCGGUCUCCACGUUCUCUUUCCGGAUCCACGAGGAGAGGGAGAUUCUAGGCUUCGACCCCCGGACGACGUACAACCGGUUCUGCGGGGACCGGGAGGAGGCGUGCGAGCAGCCCACGCACUGGAGGGUCGCCUACUGAGCCGGCACCCGGGCCCCGCGUCCCGACUCUGCCACGCGGCCGCUCGGCCUCCCUCUGACCACGUGGGCCUCAGGGCAGCUCCUGCCCGGCAGACCGGCCAGGCUGCCAGACCAGCACUUUCCCAGGUCACGGGCGCAGCCCGCAGCCACGUGAGCCACGGCCUGUGUCCAUCUCCGUGUCCCUUCCCUCCGUUGGCCACCUGGGGGCAGGUGCUGCCGUUGCCGGCGCUGCGGACGGGCAUGACACUGGUGUCCGCUGCCAGCGAGGCCCUCGGGACGGGAAGGUGGGGUCUCGUUUCCCGGGUCCAGAGGGACGUCCAGCAGCGGGUGGUGCAGAUGUGGCCUCGGGCAGCUCGCGUCCCAGGGCCCCGGGUGGCUGUGCCUUUGGGCCUGGUGUGGUUUUAGCCCGCUGGUCCCAGUCUGCCCUUUCACCACGGGAGGCCACCUGCGAGCAGGGGGACGUGAGGCCUGAGGCCUGUCGUCCCCGCUCGGAGCGCUGCAAGUUUCCUCCGAAGGCUCCAGUGGUUUGUCAGGUUCCCGCGGAGAGGGGCCUCCGGCCGCCCGGGAGCGUGUGGGGGUGACACCCGCGGGGCGCGAUGGGCCCAGGGACGUGGAGCACUGUGGUCGCUGCGGCCUCAGAAGGGGACACGCCGCACAGAAACCCUUGCUGGGCCUUCAGCGUGGCCGCCACGUCGUCUCUGGCCGGGAGCCCCGGGUGGCCUGCCCAGGCCGCGGCCCGAAGCCCCGAGCCCGCAACCCCCCCCCCCGAACGUGCGCUGGGGUCAAACGAUGAAGUAUUUAUUCUUCUCGCAUUUGUACAUCCAAAUACAAUUCAUAAAAUAUGUUUUCUAGAAAAGCGC